UUUUGCAGACACUUCAUGCACACACAAAACUUAACAGAGAAUUUUAAGAUUCAACGUUGCCUUCAAGAAAGAAAUGAUGCUCGGUCACGUACAACCGUCGCAUCCGAUCAUCAAGUCCUUCGUUUUCUUCGAUCUGGAAACAUCGGCUCUGCACGCCGAAGACAGACCCAAGGUCACCGAACUGUGCCUGAUCGCCGUACACAGGUCCAGCGUCGAGAGCUCGGACACCGCGCCGAGGGUAAUGGACAAGCUGACGCUGUGCGUGUAUCCCAACAAGGAAAUCUCCCCAAUCGCUUUGAAUCUGACUGGUCUCCACAAUGCUCUUAUGUUGAAUAACGACGAGCGACCUUUCGACGUCCAGGUUUGCGAGUCGAUAUGCGCCUUCCU